CACAGACAGAAAGAGAAAAGAGGAAAUAGAGAAAGAAGUUUUUUAUAUACAGAAGAAAAAUUAACAGUAUUUUUUCAAUUAGGAUCUCCAGAAUGUUGCUCCGUAUGUCUUUCAUCUGUUUGUCCUGUUUAGGUGUAUUCUCCCAAAGCCAAGAUCGAGCCUCUCUCAGCCGCUCCAAUGACCCCACCGGACGCUGCGUCUACACCUUCACCGUGGUCAACCCACAGGAGUCCAGUUGCCCCGGAGGCAGCAGCAAAUCAGAGACGGAUGAGAUCCGGACCAGACUCACUCUCCUUGAAGGUCUGGUCAGUCGGCUGAUAGCAGGAGGUGGGAGCGGGGCCAGUUCUGGUGGGCUGAGACACAGCGAUGAGUCUGUUCAGGAAGCUUAUGCCCAGGUUACAAAAGAAAGAAACCAGCUACAACUGGACCAGGAACAUCUGAACACGCAGGUCCAGAGGCUGCAGAGAACGUUGGCCGAGCUGAGCCUGGAGGCGGAGGAUCUUCGGCAGAGGCCCUGUGAACAGAUGAACACCUCAGCUGGUGCUCUACAUGAAAACAGACAUCUCAGAGGGUAUCACUUCAAAAACACCUCCUAUCAGGAGAUGAAAGCUGAGGUGAGAGAGGUUCCUGCAUCCCACCUGAUUCCAGCGGGAAACCACAGCUUUGCAGGCUGUGGAGAGUUAGUGUCAGUUGGAGAUCCCGUGUUGCACAGAAAAGCUGAUGGCAUCACAGGGAAGUAUGGCGUGUGGUUCCAAGAUCCGGACCCUGAGGGUCCCUAUUACACCAGGCAGACGGUAUGGCGGAUCGAUGCGGUUGGGAAAGAAGUCCGUCAGCUCUUUGUGUAUGAAGAUAUGGAUCAGUUUUCCAAAGGUUUUCCUAUGAAGGUCCUGGUUCUGUCAGAGCCUGUGGAAAGCACAGGGGCCACCGUGUAUCAAAACUCCCUGUACUACCAGCGCAGACGCAGCCGGACCCUGCUUCGGUACAACCUCACCUCGGAGAGUCUUGAAGCCCGCCUGGACUUGCCCCAUGCUGGCUUUCACGGCCAGUACCCUUACUCCUGGGGCGGCUACACUGACAUCGACCUGGCAGUGGACGAGCACGGACUGUGGGCCAUCUACAGCACGAGCAAAGCAAAGGGGGCCAUCAUUGUUUCCCAGCUGGAUCCCCAGAGCCUAGAGGUGAGAAGAAGCUGGGAGACAAAGAUCAGGAAGAAUUCGGUUGGUAAUGCCUUCAUGAUAUGCGGACGCUUAUAUACGGUGGCCAGUUACACUUCACCCAACACCACAAUCAGUUACAUGUUUGACACUUUAACUAAUGAGAGCCAGGCAAUCGCUGUGCCUUUUAAGAACAAGUACCGCUACAACAGCAUGGUGGACUACAACCACGCCCAGAGGAAGCUGUACGCCUGGGACAACUUCCACAUGGUCACCUAUGACGUUAGGCUGGGAGGGACUGGUCAAAGCAGGAGCUAAACAGGAAUAAAGAAAAUCCAUGUUCACUUUACUAUUAACAUAUGGUGAACGGGAUUAUGUAAGGCGAGGGCGAA